AUGGGUGCGGCGAGACGAGACACCAUUGGCAAGAGUGUCCCCGCCUUCAGCACCGGCAGCAGCGACAGAAGCUCCUACCAUUGGGACCCCAGUAGCAGUCGCGGCAACGACGAUCACAGAGAAGACACAUACCUCCCCAACAGAGUAAAUAGUUCAAAAAAACCACGUACAGCCAUCCCUCUCGCGCUGGCCGCCCCUCUACGAUCCUCCAUCGCUGGCCGUCUCUCUCUGGCCAUCUCGAAUCUUGAUCUGAACUUCAACAACGGCUUCUUCAUCAUUAUCUGUGAUGUUUACGAACCUGCCAUGGUGAUUGAGCUCACUAAGAAGAUAAGAGAGACAUUCAAUCGUAUUUAUGAUGAGUAUCAAAAGUUGCAUUGUACAAGUGAGCAAUUAAUUUCUCUCAAAUCGAAGUUUCAAAAACAUUUAGAAGAAGAAGAGAAUUAUGGAGGCAAGUCUGAAGUGGACAAAUAUUUGGAGGAAUCUUGUGAAAAGGAUGAUCCAAACUUUGAAAUUUUGAAUUGGUGGAAAGUGAAUAGCUCAAAGUAUCGAGUUCUUUCUCAAGUUGCAAGGGAUAUUUUAGCCAUUCCUGUAUCUACCGUUGCUUCUGAAUCGGCUUUUAGUACUGGAGGUCAUGUUCUAGAUCAAUUCCAUAGUUCUCUUACCCCUAAGCUUGUGAAAUGCUUAAUUUGUGCACAAGAUUGGUUACGUGCUUCACCUCUCCCAAUUCAAGUUGAAGAAAAUAUGGCUGAAAUUGAAGCUCUUGAAUCAGCCCUAUCUUCUAUUUAAGGACUUUCAUAUCAAGUUUACUUUGGUGAGGUUCAAUUGACUAUGAUCUACAGG